CAAUGUGAAUGAACACGGUACAUUAUUGGCGGAUGCUGGACGCAACUGCAGUCUGCUACGUUAAAGCGUCACUGGACGGUACUUUCCAAUGAAAACAAGGCUAUGCCAUUUACCUGCAAGUCGGCGUAGCUUGCUUGUGUGCAUGAUUAUACCAACUAGAUAGAUCAGUUCAAAAUGCUGGGGAUGUUGCAGUUUUUACUCAUCGUUCUCGCUGGAUUAGCCGUUACCGUGACCUUAGAAAUACAAGACUGCCAGAAAAUCAACCUGACCAUCUUUUGCUUGAACGACACGAUCUGUGCAAACUGUUCCACCGAGGCUUUUUACAACUGCAGCUUCGCAAACUGUCCAUACAACGUGUCAAUCCAGUGGAAUAUUCACCCAUCGCAUCGUGACGUUGGUAGCACCUUAGAGAAUGAAACUUUGGAAGGGCCACUGGAGCUUCUAAUCUCGAACUUUAGCACGUUUGAUUUCGAGAACGGAAAUCUUGGCUGUUUCGCAAAUUCUUCUGCAUAUCGCGUUCUUUCUGAAAGUAUUCCAUUACAAGGGCUUUGUCAGGAUAGACACAGAUACCACCAAGCUUCAGCAAAGCACAAUUCAUUAAAAUACACCGUGGAUAUUCCAAGAACGUACGACAUAGAAGGUGGCGUGCAUCUGAGGGUCUUUCCCAGAGACCCAUCACUGCCCAAAUUGAAGGAAUCUCUCUCAGGUGCAAGAGUAACUAAGUUCGGAAGUGACAUUCUUGAGGUGAAGGUUCAAACUAAACAGGGCGAGCCUUUGACUGACUUUCCGGAUGAGCCCGUCCUGCUCACAUUUCCUGUUGAUCCAUAUGACCCCAGCAAGGAAAAACCCCUGUGCUGCUUUAGAGAGGAAUUGGGCUAUUGGUCCACACAUGGCUGCAACACUAACAUCAAGAGUAGUGACACCGUGCAAUGUAGCUGUAAUCAUCUCACAAGUUUUGCCAUAUUGAUGCAGACUUCAGAGGUGGACGUGGAUGACAGGAUUUUGACAAUAUUGACAAAGAUCGGGUUGAGUGUUUCUAUCACUUGCCUUAUUCUUACGCUGUUAAUCUACGCCCUCUGUCGAUUGAAAAGUCUGCGGAUUAUUAUCCACGCUAACCUGGCGUUUGCACUGUUGGUUGGACAUACAGUUUUCUUGUUUAUUGACACCGAAAACAAGGCCGGCUGUGCGGUGGUUGCUGUGUUGCUACAUUUCUUUUUCUUGGCCGCUUUCACCUGGAUGGCUUUAGAGGGCGUGUUUCUUCUGAUUAAAUCCACACCCACAUUCCCGUGGAGGAUCCGUUUACCGGCAUGGUUUGCAGUUGGCUGGGGAGUUCCUGCCUCCGUUGUACUGAUGUCAAUAGCAUCGAAGUUUGAGGGAUAUAAUAGCAGGGUUCAGGGGUGCUGGUUGUCCUUCGACAGUGGCUUUGUCUGGGCAUUCUUAGCACCAGUUAUCGUCAUCAUCAUUGUGAACACAACAAUCCUGACCCGUCUAAUCUACAUAUUUCUGUCCCUGCAAGCUAACAAGAAGAAAUCGGAGGCUCAGAAAAUGAAGGCAGGUCUCCGUCUUGUCCUGAUCUUGGAGCCUUUACUUGGGCUACCAUGGCUGAGUGGUCUGUUGUAUUCAAGCCCAAACACGACUUUCUUUGCAUACGUUUUCGUGAUCUGCAACUCACUUCAGGGGAUGUUCUUGUUUGUCACACAGUGUCUCUUUGAUGAAGAGGUACGGAAUAAGUUCAAGCUAAUGAAAUCAAAGAGGUCAUCCAAGGUCACCUCCCUAACGUCAUCGUCUGGUAACCGGGAGAAGACGUUGAAAGAAACACUCUUUUCGGAGAGGUCUUGCAAACAAGACGGUUUCGAAAACGUGUCCGACGGAGUUACGAUGAGACGCAUGGAUACCCCAAAACACAAACUGGGCACAGACACGCAGCAUAUUCACAUCACAGAAAACCAAGACACACCCGGGGAAGUCGAUCUGCCUACUGUAAGCAGACCAAAUAGCCACAAAUCGAGAUGUGACGGUCCAGUAUCGACCAUGCUUAACCCCAUCAAGCAGCUACUGUCAGUGAGAGAUAAGCGAAAUGACUUUGAAAUGUUUGAGUAUGUGACGUCUGACUACUCCAUUGUAAAGAGUAAUGACAGCGAGACCAGACCAUACUGGACCCCCGAAGCUAUGUCUACCCCUAGUUCAGAUGUGCCUUCUGGGGCGUAUAACAAAACAUCCGUUAGGUACUGGGAGGGAAGCUCCAAACAUGAAACUCAAAAUGAACCGGUAGAUCUUCCUGAGAAACGACCAGACAUUCAAGGGACAGACAUUGCAAAUAUUGAAGAGCCAUGGCAACAACGACCUAUCGGGGAUUGUUUUGUCGUCUCCAAGGGCAACAGCCAACAUAUAGAGCGCGGCAAAGGCGAAGCAGGAAAGCAACAACGACCCGCGAAAAUAUGGAGAUACUAGUGCGGAUUAUUGGUGUUUGUCACAGACAGAUCGUCUGCACUACAACGUAUAUUUGAGCUUAAAAAUCUAGCUAGGCCAGAGUGUUAAAGUUGAUUUACAAGUUUAGCCCUACUCUACAAAACACGAUAGCACUAGGGGAACAAAUGAUUGGGUGUCGCAUAAACUUGUCCUUGCAGGCUUACGUAAGCUAGACCUACUGUCUGUUUCCCUCGUUUUACACCACCUCUCCUUCAGAUUUUUGUGGGGUAAUUUGUGGGAUAUUUUCAUGAUUUGUAGUAAAUUGUUGGCACCAGUUUGGACUAACUAUUCACUCAAACAGGAAAAUUCCUGUAGACUACGAACACGUCCAAUUCGUCAACGGUAGUAUAAAACUGAAAUUACGACUAAUUGCUCAAUCAACUUGAAUGAAGAUUGAAGUUCUAGCUUUGCAUAAAAAAGUAGUUUGUUUAUGCACCGAAUAAUUGUUGCUAUAAUGAAACCGGUCAAAUAACCUAUGCGUUACUUUUAUUUCCUUUUGGAUUUGUGUUUAUACAUGUUCCUGUUAUAAACCCGAAUACUUUAUAAAAGUACACGUAUUUUGAAGACUUUUAGCACCAGUGAUGAUUAAAGAUGUCUCAGUAUAAAGUAUAUCAAUAUACCCAGAAAUAUUAUACAUCCACUCUUUUUAACGAAUUCCCGUUUCUGACCGAAUUCCAGUAGCCUGAGUUGAUACCAUGAAAUCUACAAAUAGUCUCUAUUUCAAACUGGGCAUUGAGAUAAUAAACCAAUAAUAACAUUGGGAAUAUUAUUUUAUUAUAGUGAUAGAAACACACUUAAUUUCAAUCUUAAUUAAUAAUCUUGCAGUAGCUAAAUAAGUGAUUGAAUUUGUGCAUAGUCAGUGAUGCUGUUUCUUUGUUUAAAACCAUUAAAGUUUCCAUAACAUCAAAAAUUGAUUCCAUGCAAAAGUGGAGUAAAUAAGCAGUUUCUGCUCAUUGGGUGUAAAGUUUUCAAUGCCUGCACCGCAAUAUAAUUUUACCAAUACAGCAUGAUACUAUAGGCUGGCAUGACAUUUAUUUUCUCGGUAAUUGAAGCUAUCAUUUAUUACCCAUGCGUGACAGGCAAUUAUAGGCAAAGCUUUCCGUGGACAAGCAUUUUGGUAUCAUUUUGAGAGUUAAAUCGUCUGCCUUACGAAAGACCUCCUAUCUAUCAGAAAUGGUCAACAACACGCUUUCUAUAAUAUAGCCAUUUGGUUGUAUUAAAUUACGGCUGUAAAUUA